AAAUACACUUAAAUACCAUCCCUUGAAAAAAAAAACAGAAAAGAGAGAGAAAAAAAAAGAAGAAGAAGAAGCAAGUAAAUCUCUUUUGCCUUAUACACGUUAGAAUACGCAUUACAGGCACAUUGCACUUCAAGUUUUGCAUCGGAGCAGCAAUAAAUAAACAAAAAAAAACGAACAAUACGAAAGAUGCGGUAUUUCGGGCUUCUGUUACUGAUGCUGCUGCUCGCCCUAACCUCCUCGUAUGUCCUGGGAGGCCUUGGCCCCAACCGACAGCAGAAGGAUGGCCCAGCCGCUGGUCCUGGCAAGUUCCUCGUGCGCGGAGUGCCGGCCUCCAAGGCUGCCCUUUACGAUCCUACGAAGCCAACGUUCGAGUGCCUCUAUAACAACGAUUCCAUCGACUUCAAAAUGGUCAAUGAUGAUUUCUGUGAUUGCGAGGACGGCAGCGACGAGCCCGGCACCUCUGCGUGUCCUAACGGGUACUUUUACUGUCGCAACAAUGGAUACAAAGGAUAUUUUGUUCCCUCUGGAUGGGUGAACGACGCAGUCUGUGAUUGCUGUGAUGGUAGUGACGAGUAUAUGUCUGAUUCCAUCACUUGUAGAGAUAACUGCAAAGAAUUAGCUGACAUAGAGCUCAAAGAGACAGAAAAGAACGCUAUGCUGUUCCAAGAAGGUGGAAAAAUUCGUGACGAGCUGAUAGAAAAAGGCAAAAAUGUGAAGGUUGAGGCACAGGAGAUGAUAAACAAACUAAAAGCUGAUAUUUUGGAAGCUGAACGUGUAAAAAAAGAGAUGGAAACUAUGAAAGUGUGGGCCGAAAACAACGAAAAAGAUGCUUUGAAAAAGUACGAAAAGGUGCCAAUACAUGAAGAGAAAAAGCUUGAACCUGCAUUAAAUGAAGAAAUUCUGGAAACUGCUGAGCACAAUCCCGAGGAUUACUUCAAUCGCUUGGAUUUAGACCAAAAUGGUGUUUUGACAAUAUCUGAGUUGCAGGAAGACCAUAUAUUCGAUAAGAAUAAUGAUGCUGAAGUCAGCAGAGAAGAAGUUAUGUAUUUCCUAAACAACAAGGAAGAAGUAAAUUUGGAAGAAUUUACUUCUGUUGUCUGGCUCUACAUUAAGCCUCUCAUUAUGAAAGAAGAAGGUCUUUUCAAGCCUCCAAUGACAGAUGAAGUAAUCCCAGAGAAGAGAGAUGAACCUUUUAAGGUGGAGCAUGAACAUCCCGAUGAAGAGCAGCAACACCCUGAAGAGGAGCAGGAACUCCCUGAAGAGGAGCACGAACACCCAGAAGAGGAGCAGGAAGGCCUUGAAGAGGAGCAUGAAAAUCUUGAAGAGGAAAGUGAACACCGUGAAGAAGAAAAUGAACGACGUCAAGAGGAAAAUGAACACCACGAAGAGGGUACACAUAAAGAGGAGGAAAAAGAAAGCGUUCAAUAUGAUCCAGAGACUGAAGCAAUUAUAAAUCAAGCCAAAAAAGCCAGAGAAGACUACCAACGGGCAGAGCGUGCUGUGCUUGAUCUUCACAAUGAAAUUCGUCAACAUGAGGAACGCGUCCAGCGGGACUAUGGACCUAACAACGAGUUUGCGCCGCUUGAUGGCCAGUGUUUUGAUUAUGAUACAUCUGAGUACACCUACAGCUUGUGCUUGUUUGGCAAAAUAACACAGCGCUCGAAAUCCGGUGGUUCUGAAGUCAACUUGGGACAGUGGAAUUCGUGGAUUGGUGGUGAAGGAGAUCACAAGUAUACCAAGGUGAAAUUCGACCGGGGCCUGACGUGCUGGAACGGACCGGCUCGUUCGACCAUUGUCACCUUGUCAUGUAGCACUGAACACAUGAUUACUUCAGUGAGCGAGCCUAACAGAUGUGAAUACGCCAUGGAAUUCGCAACGCCAGCUGCUUGCAACAUGAACCUGAUUGAAAAAAAAUACGAUUUCCACGACAGUUCAACCUGGCGAGAUACUCACGAAGAGCUGUGAUUCAGUUCAUUGCCGCAUUUUAUUCUGCUUCUCCUCGUUGUUCACGGUCCUCAUUCCAAUGUUAUGCCGCACACCAAAGGAGUUUCUUCACUGCUGAUAGAUAUGAGUGCAGCCAUUAGAUGGGCUUGAAUCUUGUGGUUUGAUAUGUUAGGGACUUCUUUUUGUUCCUAAUGAAAGUUGUACAUAUAAUAGAGUUUUUGGGUAAUGUGAUUUUAACGUGUAGUCAUCUCCACAGAAAACUAAACUUUGGCCUCCAAGUGAUUCUAUUGUUGAUAUCAUAGGUCGUAUAAUUGUUUGAAAUGAUUAAAGUGAUAAUAUUGUAUAUUUUUUUCUAAUGAGCAUUUACACUUGCAUUGAUUUCAACUGCUUUUUUUUUUUUUUAACUGAUUGAUUUUUGUACCAAGUACGCCUCAUUGUUUGUUAAAUUUUUCUGUUUUCCCCAGCACCAUAAACAUUCAAACAUGUACGUACCUUAAUAAUUAGUCUUUGCAUUUUAGCAUUUGUUCCAUCCAUAUGUAUUAUAUUUAUGAAAUCAGUACGUAGAAGCAGAUGUUUAAUUUUUAUUUUUAUUUAUUUUUUUUUUUUUAAAGCAUCACUCUGCUGUACAUAAAGCAUUUUACCUGUUCAAGUAUUUUUUAGCAAUAUAUACAGCUUAUAAAUAUUAUUGAAAAGUGCUGAAUUUGAAAGUUGAAUCAUAUCACCAAUUAUUGUUUAAAAAUGUAAAGACUAUUGAGAGGAUGAGAUAUUUUUAACUACCGCAAACUACAGUUUUGAUUAUUUGUACAUAAAGAAAUUAUGUAAGCCAAGUUUAAAUUGUAAAUUACCUUUUCAAUAAACAUGUUUGUAAUUAUGUUUUUGUUAAAGAUUACAUUUGGAAUGCGUGAGUUUACGAGGAGUAUUCUUGAAAGAAUUUUUCUGUAUUGACUGAUACGUAAUUGUUGACGAAAAACCCAGUGCAUAAAAAAGUUUUUAUAAACUAGUUGAUGAACAAAAUGUAAUGUUUCUAUUUUCGACUUGAUUAAAUAUUUCAAAGCAUUUCGAAUUAAGAUUGACUGAUUCUUUUGUAAUGAAUCACGAUUGAAGUAUUGUGAUUUUCCGCACGUUGAAAAAAACUAUUUUAAUUACUUUAAUCAUUAAAGCGCAUUGAUGGGUCAUGCAUUUCUGUUUAUAAAAAUAUAUUAUGUCUUAAAAGACACUAGAACAGAGAUUUCAUGCAAACAAAGUGUACUUUGAAUGCAUUAUACAUUCCCAUUUUUUACAAAAAAAAAAAAACUAAAUAAUUUAAGAAUACAAAAAAUAUCCUGUGAUUAAAAUCACCUGAUACCUGCAUUUAUUCCCAAUCUCUUUGAUUGCAUGUGAAAAAUCUUUGUUAGGUGUUUGGUGAGGUUUCCAAUUUUUUCGUGACUUUAUUGUGAUGUGAGAAGUACUCUAUUUGUGAUGUAGUAUUUGAUUUUGAUGUAAAAUUUAUUAAUACCACGUUUUUCUUUAAUAUCUGAGGUAUGUGCACGUUUGCAAGAUUUUUUGUACAAUGCUGUACUUUAAAUGACCAUGUGUGUGGAUUAUGGAAAAGAAUAAAUAAUGUUCAAACUGUUAUUUA